UUUAUUUGACGUUUGCCCUCGGCCAGGUUUCACUCCUUUUUAGAUUCCUCCGAUUCACACUUUCUCCUUCAGCUGCUUCCAGGACAAUAAUGGCGGUCGUCCACAAAGCAUCCGUGUGGGCAGCGCUUCACAUCCUUUGACGCCUACAGACCACUUCAACAAGCCUGAGACUGAACCAGGAGCAUCUGGUGGGCGGAACAUAUUCAGAUUCCUCAUGGAGAGGAGGGCCCACUACGAUUCUAUCCUGGAUCGAAGCAAACGCAUCACGUGGCAGGACGACUGCUACGUGGACCUUCAGUCGACACCCUGCUCCGUCUCUUCAAAAGCAGAAACAGAGGAACUUGGCUGGAUCCAAAAGCACCAAGACCAGCUGCAACGCUUCAUCACAACCUCCUUCCUGGAGGAGAUGAUGACACACCUGGGAAAGAUGGAUGUGUUGAAUUCAGCUGAAGAGACGAAGGUCAAGGAGGCGGGCCGGCUGCAGGAUCAGGUCAACAUGUUCACAUCCAUCGUCUCUGGCAAGGACUCUCAAGGCUCUGACGCUCUGCGGGCCUUCGUUCAGAGCUCAGACUCUCAGGUGGCCCAGCUCAUCAUCAACCACGAAUCCAUGGUGAAGGAGCACAAAGAGGCACUCCUCCGACGAUACGAGCAGUACAGAGACCGAGAUUCAAUCAUCUGCCCCAAACUGAACAUCUCCUCCAGGACAUUACUUCUGGUUGAUGGACUUUCCGACAUACAGCAGAAAGAACACGACUUAAUGCAGGUCGGGGCGACUCGAGGAAGGAAGAGAAAUCAUCUCAGACAGCUUGGGCUGACCAAACUCUUGGAGCCUUUGACCCGGGUUAGUUUACCCCCGCGGGUCUCCCUCACAGUCGGGGUGGCUGGUAUCGGCAAGACAACCUGGGUCCGACACUUCCUCCGACAGUGGAGCCAAGGAGCCAUCUGCACCGAUGUGAGCUUCAUCUUGCCUUUCACUUUUUGCGAGCUGAACUCCCUGGAGAAAGUCUCUGCUGAGAGGCUGGUGAAAAUGGCUUUUCCUCAUCUAACGGAUCCCGGUCUGGUCCUGAGCAGCUCCUGCCGCACACUGCUCAUUCUCGAUGGUUUGGACGAAUUUCGCUGCACCUUAAAUUUCUCCGAUGCAGCUCCUUGCAGCGACCCAAAGAAAGAGGUGUCCAUCGAUGACCUGGUGACUAACAUCAUCCGGGGGAAUCUGCUCCCUGACGUAGCGGUGUGGGUGACCUCCAGGCCCGGGGUGGCCUCACUAAUCCCCGGAGGAUUGGUUGACAGGGUGACUGAAAUCCCAGGAUUCAGCUCAAAGGACAUCCAGCUCUUCCUAAACCACCACUUCUCCGAGAGGGAUUUUUCCAGUAAGAUCUGGGCGCACUUGGAGUCCAAUAAGAUCCUAAUGGUGAUGUGCUACAUACCUUGCAUUUCGUGGAUAGUAGCAGACACUCUGAUGUACAUCAUGCAGAGUGAAACACAGGAAAGCCUCCCCAGGACGUGUACCGAACUCUACGCUCACUUUUGUUCCAUGAAGGCAGAGGUAGGUGAACCAAGGGGCCGGGAGCCAGUGAAAAUGGAGCAGCUUCACGGGACUAAUCGCAAACUGCUGGGAAACCUUGGGCGUCUGGCGUUUUACGGGCUCCUCAAACACAAGUACACCUUCAGCGAGCAGGACCUCCGGGCCUACGGGAUAGACCUGCUGUUGACCCAGUGCAGUCUGGGGGCUGGAGUUCUUGUUCGGGAGGAGUCGGCCUUGUCCACGACAUACCGCUUCACUCACUUGACUCUGCAGGAGUUUCUUGCAGCUACUUUCUACCACAUCUCCUCCAAGCGGGCACUCUUUGACUUAUUCUCAGAGAGCACCAUGUCUUGGCCCAAGAUCGGUUUCCAGAACCACUUCAAAAGCGCCUUCCAGCACUCGCAGCAGGCGGAGGACGGUCACCUGGACGUGUUUGUGCGCUUCCUGACAGGCCUGCUGUGUCCGGCGGCAAUAAAGCCUCUCGCUGGGCUGCUGGCCCUCGGGAAGGACGAUGGGAACCAGAAGGCGUGGGCAGCGGGGUUUCUCCAGAGUCUGUUGGUCAGUGGGGGGGCGGUGGUGUCCCUGCGGUCGGUCAACCUGGCUUAUUGUUUACAGGAGCUGCAGCACACAGAGCUGCUGCGGAGCGUGGAGGAAGACUUGCAGCUGGGCAGCCUGGCAGGGAAGCUAACUCGCGCUCACUGUGUGGUGCUGGGCUACCUGCUGCAUGUGUCGGCAGAGUGCAGCGAGCAGACCAACCUCACCGGCUCCCUGAACUACGCCACGGUCAAAUGUUUGCUCCCACAGCUGCUGUACUGCAGCUUUCUCAGGUUGGAGAACAAUCACUUUAAAGAUGAUGUCAUGGAGCUGCUGGGAAGCCUCCUCAGUGCUAAAGACUGCCAUAUUCAGAAAAUAAGUUUGGCAGAGAAUGCCAUCAGCAACAAAGGUGCCAAAGCUCUGAGUCGAGCGCUCUUGGUGAACCGGACGCUAACGUCUCUCAAUCUCCGGAACAACAACAUCGGCUCUAAAGGCGCAAAGUUCCUUGCAGAGGCUCUAAAAAUGAACCAAGUCCUGGUAUCAAUCAACUUCCAGAACAAUUCCAUUGAAGAGGAAGGGGCUCAUGCUCUCGCAGAAGUGCUGCAUUGCAAUCGCAAACUGGUGUCUCUGAAUUUACGGAAGAACAUGGUUGGAGCUGGAGGAGCCAAAAGGAUUGCAGAGGCGCUGAAGACAAACCGGACCCUCACAAAACUGAUUCUUUGUAGUAACCAGCUCGGGGACAAAGGAACAGUGGCUCUCGCCGAGGCUCUGACAGUGAACCACACGCUGCUGGUGCUGCAACUUCAGAGUAACUCCAUCAGCAACAAGGGGAUGACGGCGCUAACCAAAGCGCUCCGGCUAAACCGUGGUCUGGUCUCCUUGAAUUUGAGGGAGAACUCCAUUGGGGUCGAAGGGGCGAAGAACAUGGCCCAGGCCCUCCAUGAAAACAACUCGCUUCAGGACCUCGAUCUCACAGCCAACCUCCUGCACGAUGAAGGGGUUCAAGCUAUAGCUGGUGCGAUCAAAGUGAAUCGAGGCCUCACCUCUCUGCAUCUCCAGUGGAAUUUCAUCAAGUGCUCUGCCACUAAAGCUCUGGCCAACGCUCUCCUCACUAAUGCCACAAUUCAGCUCUUGGAUCUACAGGAGAAUGCUAUCGGGAAUGAAGGCGUCAUCUUUCUUGCCGAAGCCUUGAAAACCAACAUGUCUCUGCGUAUAUUGUGUCUCCAGGGAGUCUCAGCGAGCACAAGUGGCGCCCUGGCACUGGCGGGGGCUCUAAUGAGAAACCAAACUCUGCAAACACUGGAGUGAGUCAAACCUUUUCUUUUGUUUUAAACUUUUUUCUGUGCUUGUUUUUAUGCAGUUAAAAUAUUGUGUAAUAAGCCAGCAAAUUGAAAUCAGCGGUUUUCAAUCUUGCUCCUCGGUAGUGUUUCUGUUUCAGCUCCACAGGGGUUUGCUUCUCAGUGGGAGUUUAUUUCAGUCUUUAUUAAAAGCUU